AUGGGGAGUCCAGGCUGUGAGCACACAAGCUGCACCACACGCUCGCCUUUCUACUUCAGUCACCCCCAUCCCCACCCCAGAUCAGCCUGGCUGGAUGAGGCUGAGGACAUCAAAACGCCUCACGGUUUGCUGGGCUUCUCUGAGCUCAGCUGGUCGGGGGUCCACAUCCCACACAAUGACAGAUUAGCCACCGAGGAGAACUCCUGGGUGCUGAAAACGACAGAGGCCCCUGCUCCAGUCCCUCCUCCCUGCAGGUCUCCAGAGCAAAGACUUUUCACUCCAAACGAAGCCCAGCAUCCUCCCUCAGAGAUGGAGGUUCAGGUGGAGGAGCGCUGCCUGGAGCAGGUCCAGACUAUGGUGGUGGGAGAGGUGCUGAAAGACGUCGACACCGCCUGCAAACUGCUCAACAUUGAACCAGACCCCUUGGGCUGGAACUGUGUGCACGUUCAGAAGUGGCUGCUGUGGACUGAACACCUGUACAGGCUGCCUCAGGUGAGCGUGAUGUUCCAGGAGCUGAGUGGAAGAGAUCUGUGCUCCAUGACAGAAGCAGACUUCAGGCAACGCUCCUCACAGUUUGGAGACAUCCUGUUCGCUCAUCUGGACAUCUGGAGAUCAGCUGCAGCAAUGAAGGAACGCUGCCCACCAGAAGACAGCAAAUCUGCGGCUGAUGAGGACUCCUGGUCAGAUGUGAUGUGUAAUUUCCCCAACCAGCCCAUCCACCUGUGGCAGUUCCUGCAGGAGCUGCUGCUCAAACCUCGUAACUACAGCCGCUGCAUCCGCUGGCUCAACAAAGAGAAAGGAAUUUUCAAAAUAGAAGACUCAGCUCAUGUUGCCAGGCUAUGGGGCAUCAGGAAGAACCGGCCAGCAAUGAACUAUGACAAACUGAGCCGCUCCAUACGCCAGUACUACAAGAAGGGCAUCAUUCGAAAGCCCGAAGUGUCCCGCAGACUGGUCUACCAGUUCGUUAACCCUGUAGAAUGGUCAGCCAGAGGAGAAUGA